UCCUUGAGGGAAAAAAAAAGUGACCCCACUCUCUCCCUGUUAGAGUAGAGCAACAUAAGAGAGAGAGAGAGAGAGAGAGAGAGAUGUUGAUGUGUUGAGAGGUGUAUAUUUGCUGCAUUGGAUCCUUCGCCGAAGUAGUGUUUUGAAAGCUUCCCAAAUUCUCUCUCUCUUUCUCUUUCCUUAUUUCUUUCUGUGUAUGUUUUCUUGAGGGGGGCUAGAAUCCAAAGAAGCUGAUAGAAAAGGUGCAUGGAGAUUUGGAGAUAAUAUUUCUGGUUCAUCAAUCCCAUUUAAAAACCCGUGUUGCCUUGUAUUUUUUCCCUUUGUUUUGUUGGUGGUUCUCUUUUUCCAAAUCUCAUUCAUUCUGUCAUUGAAUUAAAACCCUUUUUAUGUACACGUACACCUUCUCCAAGUCAAUUCCAUUAAUCAUGGAUGGCGAGACAAAUAUUAGCCCUCCUCCAACUUCUCAAAUAUUGGUUUCUCAGAAAAAUCGUGGCCCUCUGAGCUCCAUGGAUUUCAAUUUCUUGGUUAGGCCCACGUUGGAUUUCCAUCGCCACGAGUGCCAAACGUCACGUUGCAAAGACAAAGAAGAAGAUGGAGGCCAAUUACAAAGCUCAGAAGAGAAGCAAGAAGACAACUUCGACAUGUUUGUUUCGUCUUUGAAGGUCCAAAUUCCAUCGGCAGGAGAAUUCUGCAGGCUCCUCCAGCAAGACGAUAACGUUGAUGGCGUUGUGGAUGAUGAAGGGUUGAAGACUCCUACAUCUUUGGAUCACAAAAUAACAGUGAACCUCCAGUGUCCACCUGCGCCAAGAAAACCCAAGUCACUUCCGCUAAAGAAGCGAAAAGGAGCUGGCCAUCCCAGAAUUUUACUCCAUCUAUCGAGCGAGAUCGAAUCACUGUUUCCUCCAGUGGAUGAUCUUCUUGCAGAUGUUCAUGUCGGUGGUAAGAUUAAGAAGAAACUUAGAGUGUAGGAGGCUAAAAAAUCAAGGCAUAUGGUGAUCAGCUUGAUCUCUGAAUAUGUGGAACCAAAUUUACAUUUUAUACCAAUUAAUGGAAUAUUUGGUGAUCAAUGUUAUAGCUGUGUACUCUUCUCCAUUUUCAUGUGUAGUGUUCAGGUUUCUCAGUUGAUCUCAUCAAAUUCAUCUUCUUAAUUAAUUUCCCUUUUUUUUUUCUUUUUUUGGGACAAUGGGAAAUUGGCCCAGAUCUGAAUCAGAUUAUGUAACUUCUGUAAUUUAUCAAGGAUGAAUUUUGCAUAGGGUUCCAUUCCAUUAAUAAUAUAUAGGCCCCCAAGUUUUUUA